GUUGAACUUUGACACCUUGAAGGAGCCCUUGGGUGAGUCUCAGUGUGGUCCCCUUGUCCAGCCAUGCCAGCCCAGGGGCCAUCAGGCCUCCGUCGCCUGCUGCUGACCCUGGGGGCUGCCCUAUGCUGGCUGCUGGCCCUGGGGCUGCUGCUGGACCUGCGUGCCCUGGGGCUGCUCUGCGGGCUCCUGGCAGCAUUGGGGGGGUGGCUGGGCCCGCAGGCUCUCACCCCGUCGGGCCGGCGCCUGCGCCUGGAGCGCUUUGUGAGCUCCCUGCAGCCCCAGCCCCGGAGCCCAUCGGCCGUGGGGAGGCUGGAGGGGGAGAUCGCCAGCACCGUGCGCAAGGUGCUGCGGGACUUUGUCACCUCCUGGUACCGCACGGUCAGCCCCGAGCCGGCCUUUGAGGCCGAGGUGGAGAAGGCCAUGCUGGGGCUCACUGCCGAGCUGAGGAGGCGCAUGGCGCGGGUGGACCGCCAAGCUGUGACCCGGCGCCUCCUCCUCCUCUGUGGCCAUCACUUGCAGAGCUACCUGCAGGCUCGUGAGGCUUUGAGGGGUGAGCCCAAGGGUGGCCAGGCUCUGUGGCAGGAGUACAGCCGCCUUGCGGGGCCCCAUCCUGCCCUCCAGAGCCCUGCAGCUGAAGUGGGCUAUGCCAGAGCUGCUGUAGAGACCUUGCUGCAGGCGCUGGUGCCCAAGCCCCACUUGGAGACCCGGACGGGGCGCUUUGUGGUGGUGGAGCUGGUGGCCUGCAAUGUGCUGCUGCCGGCCAUCAGGAAGAUGGCUGAUCCCGACUGGAUCAACCUGCUGCUCAUCGGGGCCUUCUCUAAGAAGCCACGGAGUGAGCAGGCACCUCCUGCACCCCCAGUGCCUGAGGUUUUGCCUGUGGUGGAGCACACAGACCCCAACCCCGUUGGGAUGCCACCUUCCCCAAGGGCUGCAGAGGUGCCCAAGCGAGAGGCAGGGGCUGCGGGUAAUGAGGGAGAGGAUGCGGUGAGCAGGUUGUGCCACACAGAGGAGCCCUUCCUCCGCCCACGAGUGCUGGGCUCCCUCUUUCCCUAUGAGGGUUUGGAGCUGGAGUCUCCUGCUCCUGAGGCAGGCCAGGACGUGGACUUGCUGGUGCCAUCCCCUGCAGGGGAAUUCCUUGAGGAACCCCUCCAAGUUGCCUCCGCUGUUCUGGAAGGACUGGAUGUUGCGGGGGAUGGCAUCGGGGAACUGGAGGAGAGCAUUGCCUCCACCUCUGCUGCUGUGCUGAGCUCCUGCCCAGACAUCCAGAUCGACCCCGCAGUUGAGAAGGAAGAAGAAGCAUCGGUUGUCCCUAAGAAGUCCUCCUCACAGAGGCCCUCCAGCUUGGGGAAAGACCUGGGGGCAGCAGAAGGCCCAUCACAAAGCUCUCCAGACCCUGGGCAGACUCUGUCCCUGCUCUCCUCUUCCCCAGUGGCCUCCAUCAGCACCUUCAGCUUUGAGCCCCUCAGCAGCCCUGAUGGACCAGUGGUCAUCCAGAACCUGCGGAUAACUGGGACCAUCACUGCCAGAGAGCACAGUGGGACUGGUUUCCACCCCUACACCCUAUACACUGUUAAGUAUGAGACAGCCCUGGAGAGCGAGAGCAGCGCAGGCAACCUGCAGCAAGUGGCUUAUCACACCGUGAACCGCCGCUACCGAGAGUUCCUCAACCUCCAGACCAGGCUGGAGGAGAAGCCAGAGCUCCGCAAGCUCCUCAAAAAUAUCAAAGGCCCAAAGAAGUUGUUCCCUGAUCUCCCAUUUGGAAACAUGGACAGUGAUAAAGUGGAAGCCCGGAAAAGCCUGCUGGAAUCUUUCUUGAAGCAAUUGUGUGCAGUGCCUGAGAUUGCCAACAGUGAGGAGGUGCAGGAGUUCCUGGCCCUGAACACUGAUGCAAGGAUUGCCUUUGUGAAGAAGCCUUUUGUUGUCUCCAGGAUAGACAAGAUUGUUGUCAAUGCCAUUGUGGACACCUUGAAGACAGCAUUCCCCAGGUCAGAGCCCCAGAGCCCCACAGAGGAUCUCAGCGAGUCUGAAGUGGAUGGAAAACCUCAGGCAGAUGGGAAGAAGGGCAAUAAGUCCAGGCUGAGGUUCUCAUCCAGUAAAAUUACUCCAGUGCUGAAUGCAAGUGAAGCACAGGACAGGAUCGUGUACUCCAUCAGGGAGGGCAGCUCUGUCCCUGGCACCCUGUCUAUGACUGCUAUGGAGUCCUUCAUCCAGAAGCAGGAGAAGCUGCUGGAGGCACUCCCCAGCAAAGGCCCUGAAGGCGAGGGAGGCAGAAAAGCGAAGGAGAGCUCCAUGCACGAUGAUAAGGAUGGGAUGGGCACAUUGGAACAGGGGCAACAGCCUGACACAGACUCUGACUCAGAGACAGCUUUGGCUGACCUGGCCCUGGAUGUGCUUCGCCUGCUGCUGAUGGAUCACUGGAGCUGGCUGUGCACAGAGAACAUCCAGAAGGUCUUUCACCUGCUCUUUGGGACCCUCAUUCAAAGGUGGCUGGAGGUGCAGGUAGUGAACCUGACCUGCACCCAGCGCUGGGUCCAGUACCUCCAGUUGCUACAGGAAUCCAUCUGGCCUGGAGGGCUCUUACCAGCAGUGCCCAAACCAGCCAGGACAGAGGAACAGAAGAAAGCAGCAGCAGAGCAGGCCCUGCAGAGCCUCAUGGGCAUCUUGCCUAAUGUGGUCCAGGAAAUCCUUGGAACCAGUAAAUGUCGGAUGAGCUGGAAUGUGGUCCUGGAGUCCCUGAGCCAGCCUGUCAUCAAUAGGCACCUGGUUUUCUGCCUCUUGGACAUCCUGCUGGAGUUCUUGGUUCUGAAGGGCUCCAGCGAGGAGCUUGGGACCUCAUCUGUGUCACCAUCAGCCCCCAGUGGCCUGGACAAAGCCCAUUGAGCAGAGCUGCUGUAGUGAAGGACAGAAGCAGCCACUGGCACGGGAUGGUUUCAUUUUCAGUGUUCACUGAACGUGUCUGGGAGCUGCUUGGAAAGAAACGGCCCAGGCAGUGCUAAAUGAGGCUGCUUCCAGGCUUCUUGUGGCUGGGUAAGGGAUUCAACCCAGUGCCAGGGCCUGUGUAGCAUCUGUCCCAUUGUUGGAGAGCCUGCAGUGAAGAUGCCUGACCUGUGCUGAGCUGGACACUGAGGGGGAUGCUCAGGCUGCCCUCAAAGCCUGUUGUCUCACUCCGUGUUUCUAACACCUAAAGGCAGAUGGCAGGUAGGGUUUGUUUCCAGCAUGCCAUCAAGACUUGAUGGGAUGGGAUGUGGAUGAUGGAUGUUUCUCCAGGAGGACCAAAUGCUCUCUAAGCAGCCUGCCCUGUGCCUCUGCCACAUCAUCUACCAGAAGGAAGUGUGUGGAGCUUGGGAAUGUGGUGACAGCCCUGAGGUGAAUGCUAGGGACCUAUCCCCACUGCCCAGAGAACUGGGAGGUGGGAAGCAGUGCAGACAUCCAAGCUGCUCUUCUGCUUUAGGGACCAAGAUAAGCUCCUUCCCACUGCCACUGCUCCCUCAUGGUUGUGUUCUGCUGUCUCCUCCUGCCUCAAUAGUAGGGUACAAGUAGGCUUGUGGUCCUGAUAGAGCUGUCCCCAGGCUCAAGAGGCGUGUUAACAUAGCUGCACUGCAGGAUCACCUUGUGUUUUGCCUGCUGGGUCAUGUUUUAAGUCCCAGAAGCUGUUACUUGGAAUGCACAGGAGAAAAGGAGCUGCCCCAUGUGUGAGACUUUGCAAGUAAAGCAGCUCCUGCACACAAGGGCUUGUCACAGCAAGCUCUG